AUGUACAAUCUCUCUUGCGUGGACGGCCAUCGAUUUGGCGAUGUCUACGUUCUUGACAUUCAGAGGCUUAGUGUUGGCUUGUCUGCCGUCUCAUCGGAUCAGAAACUCAGUCUCUUCGAUCCUGCGCGAGUGGGCCAAGGCCCUAUCAAAUCAUACCAGACCAACCAUGGCAACCUAACAUGCCUCAAGACUUUUGACUGGCAGAAUUCGGUUGUUUGCACGGCGGGAGAGAAUGGACAAGUUUCUGUCUGGGAUAUGAGGGAAGCAUCCAAGCCGCAGGUUGCCCACUUUGCGGCUACACAAUCACCCAUUCUUUCCAUGGCUUGUGACCCGAGAAACAACACGAUAGCAUUAGGCACGGAAUUUCAAAACCACACCGCAUCCGUACUACUCUGGGAUAUAAGAGCCGGCCCGAAGCAGAGACUCCAGUACGAUGAAGUCCACAGUGACGAUGUCACGGAACUCCGCUUCCACCCUUCCGAACCGCACAUCCUCCUCUCGGGGUCCACCGACGGCCUCGUCAAUGUCUAUGACACGCGUAUCUCCGAUGAAGACGAGGUUGUCGUCCAGACCUUGAACCAGGGCUCUGUUCAUCACGCCUCUUUCCUCAGCAAUACCGAGGUCUACGUGCUGACCCACGACGAGAAACUGGCCGUCUACAGCGUCGCUGAGGAUUGCGGCUCUGGCGCGGCUCUGGUCGACUUUGGCGAUGCAAGAGAAGCCCUGGGUUGCCAGUACAUUGCCAACGUGACAACCAAGGUUGAUGGCAGUGGCGCUAUUGUCGGUGCUGGUUCACAAGACCGUCAAGUAUUUGAGUUAGUGCACCUAUCUUGUACGGCCGAAGGCAGCUGGGGUUUCGACAGGGCGAACAGCGUCGGUCUGCCAGGAGGCCACGGCGAGGAGAUCAUUCGGUCGUUCUGCUUCUAUGACGAUGAGCAGGUCGUCUUCACUGCUGGAGAGGACGGUAACAUCAAGGCGUGGAGGCCCACAUAA